GGGAUGGGCUGCCGCGCCAUCCUGCGAUUUCUGCCCCUGCUGCUCGGAGCGGCCACCGUCGCCGCGGACGAGAACCGCCAGGUCCUGGUGAAGGAGGUGGUCCUGGACAGCGCCGUCGUGGACAUCGUGUACCUGGGCAAGGCCCACGAGUGCGUGCUGGUGACGACGAAGAGCAAGAAGCUCUACUUCAGCGCGGACCAGGGCCAGAGCUGGAACGAGAUCACAGACAAGGUGGACCCCUCGCCGUCGUGGUCCGUGGAGGCGGAGCGCAUCAUCGUGAACCCCGCAGACAAGUCGGUCGCGGUGCUGCAGACGAAGAUCCGGGAGACUGGCUUCCCCUACAUCUACAUCCGGGGACUCGGGGCGGACGUGGAGGAGGGCCUGGGGGAAGCACCACGGGCUCCACAGCUGGAUCUCCCACCCGACCGAGCGGUCGUGGGCGCUCGUCUCCUGGUGGAACGGCAACUGCGGCUCGGCGCCGAGGCUGAAGGGCCAGAAGGAUGA